CUCCGUUACGGUUACUUGGAUUUCGAUACGGUUGCGAAUGAAUUCUUCGAGUGAGUCGCAUAUUUACGCGUGUACAAUUCGCAAAAUGUAUUGGUGCCAUUCUUAAAUACACUUUCGUAAAUACAACAAUAAUAACGUGAUAUUUAAGUGAAAUAAUUUGGAUUAUCGUCGAAUUUGUGCCACAAUAAAAUCACGGUUUCAAAGCAGUAAUAACCAAAGACAUUUAAACAAUAUUGACGUAUAUUCUGAUAUUCGUAUUCAUAUUCACUUCAUAAGACUAUUACCAUUUACUAAUAAAAAAUGAGAGGAUUGAUCGUGAAAUGGAAUACAAACCGUAUUGCAUUAAUUAUCAUGCCUAGAGUGAUCGAUUGAAAUGAUUGUAUGAUACUUACGAAAUUGAAUUUGCAGAGCCCGAAAUUUCUAUCUCAUAUGUUCAAGUGAACUCCAUCGGUAACCGUCCGAAUGAACUGCUGUAUCUGACGCGUGGUAAUGGUGUAUUGGCGCAAGCCCCUGCGGCUAACGAUGGACAAGCGUGACGCGAAGACGCGGCUGGUGUGUGCGCUGCUGUUCGUGUUCGUGUGUUGCGGCGAACAAAUCACUGCCGAUUUCGACGUCGGCGGUGGCGGAGUACAAGCUGACAACGAUGACGUUAGAAGCGGUUCGCGCGAGGCGGUAGUUGACUCCGCUGCAGCGGCGGACAGCAGCAGGAAGCAGAGAGUGCACCACCACAAACGCCAUUUGUCGAGAUCUUCAUCGGCGGUCGACUAUGCCCCGGGGAACGCACUGAUUAACGAGCUCGGAAAUCCGGACAACAUGUUCGUCACCGAAAACGGCACCGUUGUCACGUCACAGAUCGGCGGCACCGCAAUUCUCCCAUGCGCCACCGUAAAACCAGGAACGGCCACGGUGUCUUGGGUCAGACGGAUAGACUAUACAAUUUUAACAAUAGGGACGAGAAGUUAUAGCAGCGACAAAAGGUUUUACGUUGACCACACCAGACAUUUAAAGACAUGGAAUCUAGAAAUAACACCAGUGGAAGCAUCAGAUGCGGGUUUAUACGAAUGUCGUAUAGCCACACAUCCAACAACCAGCAAUUUUGUACAUUUAAAAGUCACAGAGGCCAGAGCGGAAAUCCUCGGCUCACCGGACCUGUAUAUUAUGAGCGGCAGCAGCUUAAGACUGGUGUGCCGGCUACAAGGUUCAACGCAAGCCCCACUGUUCGUGUUCUGGUACCAUUCCGAUAGGAUGAUCAAUUUUGACACGGAUCGGGGCCUGGUCGUGCACAUCAAUAGCACGGAAAGCGACCUGAUUAUGCCGUACACAAAUACGUCGGACAGCGGCAAUUACACAUGUCAACCACAAAACAUAUCGCCGGCCACGAUUCACGUGCACGUGCUUCAAUCUGAAGUACCGGCGGCCAUGCAACACGGGGUCCGUAGCUCGACUUCGGGGUCAUUCGCCAUCUCCAACUGUGCUAUGUUUACAAUAAUCUAUAUGCUUUUGCAAAUGUUAAGCUAAAAUGGACUGGAAUUUAGUAGGGUCUUAACUACUAUUAUAUACGAUAUAUUAUAUAUUAUAAUUUUCCAUCAUAUUAAUAAUAAUUAUAUAUCUUGUCUUCAA